AUGUCAUCGAUGAUGUGUAAAAUUGGGACGAUGUGGCAAGUUUCUUCUUUCCCAGAAAAUUUUGUAACUAAUCAGGCGCAAAAUAGGUUACAUUUUGCAAUCAGAAUACAGAAGAUCUUCUACCACUUUCGUAUCACAACUCUUCUACCAAGAAACUUAGUCCACCACUCAAUCUACAAUGAACGUUCUCCUCCUUUACAGUUCAAUAAAGGUUCACACUUCCAUCAUUCUACUUUCGAAAAUAGACAUUGGUUUUCUACCAUUCGAGCUCAUGAUGAUGUAAGCAAUGAUAUCAAAGACUCUUGUGUUGAAACCAGUGGGACCCAGUUAAGUGGAAAACCAGUUGAAUUCAGCAAAGUAGAUGCCCGCUUGCUUCCAACUGUACUUCUUAUUGGCAGACCCAAUGUUGGCAAAUCUGCAUUGUUUAAUAGGUUGAUUAGAAGGAGAGAGGCACUUGUGUACAACACUCCUAAUGACCAUGUGACUAGAGAUAUACGAGAGGGGAUUGCAAAAUUGGGUGAUUUAAGAUUUAAGGUGUUGGAUUCAGCUGGUUUAGAGGCUGAAGCUUCAUCUGGUUCUGUUCUUGAAAGGACUGCAGAAAUGACAGCAAAUGUGUUGAGGAUGUCCAAUCUUGCACUAUUUCUCAUAGAUGCAAGAGAUGGAUUGCAGCCUAUGGAUUUGGAUGUUGGAAAGUGGCUUAGAAAGCAUGCUCCUGGAAUCAAGAUUAUUAUGGUGAUGAAUAAAGCCGAAUCACUUGAUGAUGGAUUUGGUUCAGUUGAUGCUGCUUCUGGUGAAGCCCAAAUCUUGGGAUUUGGAGAUCCCAUUCCUCUCUCAGCUGAAACCGGUUUGGGUAUGAAUGAUUUAUAUGAAGUUCUUAGACCACUUCUUGAGGAACAUAUGCUGAAGAAUAUCAAUGAAUCUGUGGAUGAAAGUAAUGAAGAUUGUGAGUCUAGUGAGCAAGAGGAUGAGUCAAAGUUACCAUUACAGCUGGCAUUUGUAGGACGACCUAAUGUUGGAAAGUCAACCUUGUUGAAUGCAAUUCUGCAGGAAGAUCGUGUUCUUGUGGGCCCAGAAGCUGGUUUAACUAGAGAUUCAGUUAGAGUUGAGUUUCAGUAUGAAGGGAGAACGAUAUACAUGGUUGAUACUGCGGGUUGGUUACAGAGGACAAAGUCGGAAAAAGGACCAGGGUCCUUGAGUGUUGUCCAGUCAAAGAAAAAUCUAAUGAGGGCUCAUGUUGUUGCUUUGGUCCUCGAUGGCGAAGAGGUUUCAAAAACUCGGAAAAGCAUGACACAUGAUGAAGUAGUGAUAGCAAGAAGAUCUAUAGAAGAAGGGAGAGGUUUGGUAAUAAUUGUGAAUAAGAUGGAUCUUCUCAAAGAUAAAUUAUAUGAUCGGGUUGUUAAAGCUGUUCCUGAAGAGAUUCAGACAAUCAUACCCCAAGUGGCAGGGAUCCCGGUUGUAUUUGUUUCAGCAUUAGAGGGAAAAGGAAGAAUAGAUGUGAUGGAGGAGGUGAUUCAAACAUACAAAAAAUGGUGUUUAAGGUUAUCAACUGCUCGCCUUAAUCGUUGGUUAUGCAAGGUGAUGAGCCGACAUUCAUGGAAAGAUCUUGCAUCUCAGCCAAAAGUGAAGUAUUUCACACAAGUGAAAGCCCGACCACCGACUUUUGUCGCGUUUGUUAGUGGAAAAACACGGCUUUCAGACACGGAUUUAAGGUUCUUAACAAGAUCUUUAAAGGAAGACUUUGAUAUGGGUGGGAUACCCGUUCGUAUUUUGCAGCGUGUUGUCCCAAAAAAAGGCACAACUGGCAGUAGCAGUAGCAGUAGCAGUAACAGUAACAGUAAUAGUAAAAGUAAGAAAAAUGGCGGGAAAUUCGUUGCGGGAGAGGCAUCCGACAAGAGGAUACUCAAUGUGGUGAAAGAUUAAACUAUACAUUAAAGGGUUGUACAUUGUAGACGAAAAUCAUCUACUUAAAUCACGGAAUUUGUUUCGAGGGUUUUUUAUUUUAUUGGCAUUUUGUUU